AUGACUCAACACAAACAUCACGGGUUCUCAAAGUUCGGUCAUGGAGAAGGUCCAGUCUCCACUGCCAAACCCACGGAUUCUCCAGCCACCACCCUCCACAAUGUUCCAGUGGCAACAACCACCACCCCUCCAACAACCGCAACUCCCACGGCUGCCGUAACGACCCUGACAACAACCAGCACCGCAGAGGGGAACAUAUUGACUGCAGGCCCCAGUGUCACCCAGGCGCCCAUCCCCCCUCCACCACCCCCUGGCCCAACCAUAGCCCCCCAAGUCCCCACGGGUCCAACCACCGCCCCGCAACCACCCCCUGCUCCGACCACAGUCAGUCGGGGAGGGGAGAAUGGGACCACACCCUCUGCUCCGGACAGUCACACAGAUCCCUCGCUGGAGACCGCCACAGAACCUACGGUGGAAGCCACGUCGCCCGACACGACUAGUGACACUACUACAGAUGGUGGAGAUGAUGACACAGACCAAAAUACGCAAUCAGAUGACACGCCCAUCAUUGCGGUGAUGGUGGCUCUGUCAUCCCUGCUCGUCAUCGUCUUCAUCAUCAUCAUCCUCUAUAUGCUCAGGUUUAAGAAGUACAAGCAGGCCGGCAGCCAUUCCAACUCCUUCAGGCUGACCAACGGUAGAUCAGAUGAUACAGAGCUCCAGAGUGUGCCGCUAUUGGCCCGCUCGCCUAGCACCAACAGGAAGUACCCACCCCUUGUUGUUGACAAGCUGGAGGAGGAUAUGAAUCGUCGCAUGGCUGAUGACAACAAGCUCUUCCGGGAGGAGUUCAAUGCGCUGCCGGUGUGCCCCAUCCAGGCGUCAUGCGACGCGGCCUCUAAGGAGGAGAACAAGGAGAAGAACCGAUACGUCAACAUCCUGCCGUAUGACCACUCCAGGGUGCAUCUGUCGUCUCUAGAGGGAGUUCCAGACUCUGACUUCAUCAACGCGUCCUUCAUCAACGGUUACCAAGAGAAGAACAAGUUCAUUGCAGCUCAAGGGCCAAAGGAGGAGACGGUAAACGACUUCUGGAGAAUGAUCUGGGAACAGAACACAGCCACCAUCGUGAUGGUGACCAACCUGAAGGAGAGAAAAGAGUGUAAGUGUGCCCAGUACUGGCCGGACCAGGGCUGCUGGACCUACGGCAACAUCCGGGUCUCUGUGGAAGACAUGAUGGUGCUGGUGGACUACACCAUCCGCAAGUUCUGCAUCCAACAGGUGGGGGAUGUGGGGGGUAAGAAGCCCCAGCGGCUGGUGACCCAGUUCCACUUCACCAGCUGGCCAGACUUUGGUGUUCCCUUCACACCCAUCGGCAUGCUUAAGUUCCUCAAGAAAGUCAAGACCUGCAACCCCCAGUACUCCGGCCCCAUCGUGGUCCACUGCAGUGCGGGGGUGGGGAGGACAGGUACCUUCAUAGUGAUAGACGCCAUGUUGGAUAUGAUGAACACAGAGAGGAAGGUGGACGUCUUUGGCUUCGUCACGCGCAUCAGAGCCCAGCGCUGCCAAAUGGUCCAGACCGACAUGCAAUACGUGUUCAUCUUCCAGGCCAUGCUGGAGCACUACCUGUACGGAGACACAGAGCUGGAGGUGACCUCCCUGGAGUCCCACCUGGCCAAGCUCUACGCCCCCUCCGCCGCCGGGUGUGGGGGCAUGGAAGCCGAGUUCAAGAAGCUGACCUCCAUCAAGAUCCAGAACGACAAGAUGAGGACGGGCAACCUGCCGGCAAACAUGAAGAAGAACCGAGUUCUCCAGAUCAUCCCAUAUGAGUUCAACAGAGUGAUCAUUCCAGUCAAGAGAGGGGAGGAGAGCACGGAUUAUGUCAACGCUUCCUUCAUCGAUGGCUACCGUCAGAAGGACUCGUACAUCGCCAGUCAGGGCCCGCUGCAACACACCAUCGAAGACUUCUGGAGGAUGAUCUGGGAGUGGAGGAGCUGCUCCAUAGUCAUGCUCACCGAGCUGGAGGAGAGAGGACAGGAAAAGUGUGCUCAGUAUUGGCCCAGUGAUGGGGUGAUGGUGUGUGGUGAACUCUCCAUCGAGCUGAAGAGGGAGGAGGAGAGUGAGAGCUACACUGUUAGAGACCUCCUGGUCACCAACAACCGGGAGAACAAGGCUCGUGCGGUGAGGCAGUUCCAUUUUCAUGGCUGGCCGGAGGUGGGCAUCCCCAGCGACGGGAAGGGGAUGAUCAACAUCAUCGCUGCGGUCCAGAAGCAGCAGCAACAAUCUGGCAACCACCCCAUCACUGUCCACUGCAGUGCGGGCGCGGGGCGGACGGGGACCUUCUGUGCCCUGAGCACGGUCCUGGAGCGGGUGAAGGCUGAGGCCAUCCUGGACGUCUUUCAGACUGUCAAGAGCCUCCGGCUGCAGAGGCCCCACAUGGUGCAGACACUGGAGCAGUACGAGUUCUGCUACAAAGUGGUCCAGGAGUAUAUCGAUGCCUUUUCUGACUACGCCAACUUCAAGUAGGGACCCACACAGGGGACGGACAUCCAUACACAGUCAUAAACACACACCAAACCCACACGUACCCGACGGAAAGAAACAAACUGUUCACGGCUUAGAUGACUGGGCAGCCUGCGUGCACAGAGGGAAAGGGAAUUGAAGUUUUUUUGACAGAGCCAAGUGCAGCACUGCAGUGUACCGGAGGGAGUGAAUAUCAGAGAUGCCUUCUUGAAUAUUUUGUAAUAUUGAGCUUGUUAAUACGGCCCCUUGUCCCUAUCCCCCCCACAUCCAGACACUCCCCAAAACACCCAAUGUACAUAUACUGUACUUACCCUGUCACAUUUGGGGGUUUUGUUUUUAGGUCAAGUUCAAGUUUGGCUGCAUUUUUAGGGUGACAUAAUGGGUUUCAUGGGUAUGUGUGUAUAUAGACCUGCCAGUCAAAAGUUUGUACACACUUACUCAUUCAAGGGUUUUUCUUUAUUUGUACUAUUUUCUAC